AUGCAGAUCUUCAAAGAUGAAAGUACCUUGAACUACCAUCUCCACAUAUUGGCAUUGCUGGGCAAGAAGAGGAGUGAGAAGGCAAGGAAGUUCUUCUAGAUCUUUAGCAUGCUUUUGGCAAAAGUGCUUCAUAUUACUGAUGAUUGGAACCAAUGGAAAAGUUCAUCUAUUAAGCAUGAUAUGCAUAGUGUCAUUCCUGAAAUUUUACAUCCCAUUAAAUUUGUGUCACCUCUUUGUUGCCAUGUGUCUUUAUAGGGAUCAUGUUAUCACUUCAGAGACUUUGAUAAAAAGCUUUAGACAAUUUUUAGCUACAAAAGAUAGAGAGGCAUUGGAAAAGUGCCUUAGUGAUGAUUUUAACCCUAAUGAUGAAGAUGUCUUGGACUUACUUACAUCAUUAAAGUGGUUUAAAGCACCAAGUAAGAACAUUGAAGCCAUAAUCAUAAACUUACCCAUCAGGAACUUGUCCAGAAGCCAAGAGAUGGAAUCAACUGCUGGAGUCCAAUUCUCAUGGUAUUAUGCUUUGAAGAAAACUUUCAGUCCAUCAAGAAACUCAACAUCUUUUACCAAAGUAAGUAGCUAA